UUUUAACGCCAACGCCAGUUGAAAUACCCAUUAAGUGGACUCUCUUCAUCCUCACAUCGCACGACGCGACUCACGAGCAGGGCAUAGACAGCAAGAUCAGAGAGCAGGUACUAUACGGACCGAGAGGUCCAAAGAGAUCCCGGACUGCUUCGACUUCGCCCUCUUGAUGUCAUCUCGGCAUAUCUCUACCGAAGAAGACACUCAACCCAUGACAUGGCCCUGCAACCCUGGUCAGCUUCGAGCUCGACUGUGACCAUCGUCACUGCACCAACAUAAAAUGGACGAGCCCGGAAGACCUUCCACUCCUGAUUCUCAGCAGCGGCAUGGGGACCAUGCGUACAUGGGCUCACCCUCGCAAGCACACUCGCUGAAUACAGGGACAGCAUUUUUGUCCAACUCAGUCUCAAAUCAGCAACCGUCCUCUCCAGCGCGAUACGCAGCGACCAGUAAUGCUUUUGGAUUAGCUACCUCCCCAAGUUCAUCCAUGUCUCCACGGGAAUUCAAGUUGAAUCUUGGGAGUUCAGAUCGAUCACCUCCGUCAGCAGGUACGAUCGCAGCUCGACGAUUACGCCGGCCUAGCCUGUUGGGACUCGCCAAGGCCAACAGCUUGUCAGAGCUGAGAUCCGAGUCAGAUCGCAAAAAUGACCCAGUUUCACCCACCACCAUCCUCUCGAAUCCUAUUCAAGACUCCUCUUCGAGCGACGCACCUGCCGAAGCGAGUUCAAUCAGCCCAAUCGCGCCUCUUCCUCAAAAUCCAUCAGCAUCUCCAUGGAGCAACGCUCCUUUCUUAGCCUCGAUCCGAGCACGAUCCUCUGCAUCACCACUCUCCAUUGAAAAUCUCACUACCCGUACGCCUGCCCCUGGCCGAGAUAUGGAUCCUCGAGGCUCUACCCGAUCGUCUUCGUCCUCUUCCCUCCUGGACGUCGAUAGUGCGGAUGUCGAGGACAAUCGGUCACCUCUUCGUUGGAUCCCAAGUCAUCUUCAACACAAUUCUGCCAGGCGUAGAGGUAAAUCUCGAAUGGAGAUCUCUGAACCAGGCAGUCCACCUCUGGCUAGAGCCAUGGACAAUCAAGCGUUCCAGGGUCGGCCGCUACCUGCUACACUACUUGCAACUUUGAUAUCUGAAUCAUCGCCUCUGGAACAUGAAAUGCGCUCUGAGGCUCGUUUACAACGCCUUAUCGCUUCUCAUCCUCGAGCCAUGCCAUUCACACCUCGCCCAUCUCGAUCGUCUCGCGGUCGCUUCCCGGAAACAGCAGAUGAUGACGAUGACGACGAUGCGAUGGGAUUCGGGGCACACCCUUGGCGUCUUUCUAGUUUCGCAGGUCGCCGGGUCAGCAGUUCCGAUUCCGACUCGGACGAUAUGCCGAUGGAGGAUACGGGUCCAGAACCUGUCAACGCUGCGUUCGCAGCCGGAAUGGAUAUGGAUAGACCAGGGUCAUCUUCGAGCUCUGCCAGUGCAUUUGCAGUCUCUGGCAGCUUUGCCAGUCGGUCAGCAUCAGGGUCUGGACCAGGUACGAAUAAUCAACCUACUCCACCGGGGUCAAAUGCCCCUUGGGCCAAGUCAACUCGAAUGAGUGUGAGCUCCUCGGGAAAUGGGAUGGUACCGAGUCCGGGUGUGCCAACUGGGUUACCAUUCGCGUUUGGUAGCCUUGGUGUUGGGGGAAGUACUCCGCAGGCGAGUCCAACGGUCGAGCGCAUCGAGCUGGUCGGCUCACCAUCCGCUGUCUCAGUCCCAAGUCCUAGCCUGCUUCAGUAUCGCGAGUCCCAAGGCGGUUCGGCCUCAGUUCGACCCGGCAAGCGGAAGGUCAACGUCGAAGACCGCUUUGAUCCGUACAAACGCCCACGAGCGACGUCACCGGCGCUGACAACGUCGGUGACUGGAUUCCCCAUGUCUCCCUCCAGAUCAUCGAAUCCAAUACCCAUACCUCACUCACCUAGUCAUGCCCCAUUUCAACCUUCCUCUCUCUCCACACCAGGAGGAAAUUUCAGCCUGUCAAAUCGACAAGGUAGACCGACGCAUCCUUACACGCGGCCCAUGUCGAGCAGGUCUCGAGCUGCCUCUCCAGCAUUAUCUAUCGGCAGUACAUCCGGUAUCCUCUCUACCAGUCUUGGUGAACGAUCUGGUGGUAUGCUAGCCGGGAGACCAAGCUUGUCUCUUGGUCAAGCUUUCAUACCUACCGGCUCUGGAGCGCCUCUGACAUCCGAGACCGCUGCCUCUCAGGGUCUAGGCAGCCUCGGGCUGCUCAGUCUCGCGAAUGAGCGAAGAACAUCGGGCGAUGACGGUGCCAUGGAAGUCGUAAGAGAAGACUCGGAAGGCUCUGAAGGCACGCAGGAAGCAAUGGAAGAGGAUUGACUGGGCUGCAUGCAUGUCAUGUCAUGUCAUGUCAUGUCAUGUCAUCUAUGACAUAUAUCACCAGUCACAAACGGGGAUCGAAUCAAGUCGCGUCAUACUCCGAUGGCAAUGAAGCGGGGUGGAUCAAGCACCUCUACCCCGUAUUAGCGCUGGUCAAUGCAAUGUGGAACCGGCAGUUCGUGUCCGAGUCUUCCAUUUGCCUAGAGAGCUUUGGGACGAAUCUCGCCUCCAGAAGAAGAUGAUGGAUCCUUUGACGAUAUACGAAGAUUGGCUCCAGUAGGGCCUAUUAAACCGGCGUGUUGAAUCUCC